GGUCCCAAUGCACGUGUCGCUAAGCUUAUAUUUUAGAAUCAAUAUGCUUUGCCAAAAAGAUAUUCCAUCACUCUAUUUACAUACAUAGGCUAAAAUUAAGUUUGAACAUUUCGACAGUUCAAAGCGCCAAAGUAGUUGGAAUAUGAGUGCAAGUAGGGCUCUGUGAUUGAUCAUGUGGAAGUGUUUACAUCAAAAGUGUGCUUUUAUCACAAAGUGAAACGGAAAUAACACGUGCCGGUGAUGGAAGUGCAUUAAUUGAUAGCAAUCAAUAGGAAUUGCCUUAAUUUUUCAUCGCAAUUGGUUUGUUGAUAUUAGUUAUAAAUCAAGUGAUAAAAAUAGACCUGCUGCUACACUGCUUUACUGUAGGUCACGGACUUGUACAAACAAAUGAAAGAGCAGCAUAAUCACCAAACACCUACUAGAUCGCUAAGUACAGCCGCCAACCUGACGUCCCUUUGCAUGGAUAUCUCCCCUAGCUGUAGCAACUUCUUUGAAGUGUUAUAUGUAGGCAAAACAAAAGGUUGGCAAAAGAAAGUUCCCAAUUCCUUCAUAGAUGAUGCCUUACAAAAGAUCAAAGCACGUGAAUCGGAAAAAAAUAAGCAAAUAGGCCUUACUGGAAGACUGUUAACUGAAGAUGAUGUGACAAGAAGAGGCUCACAGGAUUCGUCGAUAAGUGAGCCAAGUGGUGAUGACAGCGACUCACGUCAAGGGAAACAGUCAUUACCACCUCAUGCUCCACUGCUCAGGUCCCAGUCUUACCAUGUCAAUUUUGUCCAACCAAAAAUUCCAAACGAAGAAGAUUGUAGCGAGAGCAGCGAUGACAUUAACAGACAGUUUGGAAAUGAAUCACAAGAGGAAUCUGUGUCUAGUUUUGCCAAGUCAGUAUUUAGCGUUUCUAAAGCAGUGUCUAUAUUUUCAUCUGAUAUGUGCUUAUAUUAAUGUAUCAAUGUCAAUAGUCUCAAACGCACUUUUGAAGUUAUGGCCCACAGAAGGUAUAUGGCAGAGCUGAAUAUUAAUUUGUUGUUAUAGUGUUUUAGAAAGUAGGUAUAUACCAAAACCAACUUGAACACAUUUGAGUGAAGUUAGUCUUAUUUUCACUUUUCUCACCUGAUAUCUGUAAAUCGGACAACUGCCCAACUUAAGAGAUACCCUUGAAAGUACAUAUAAACGCUACUAAAUGCCACAAGUUUUGUCUUUGAGAAAAUAAGUGAUGUCUGGCAGCCAUGAGAUCUUAGACUAAUAAUUCACGCAAAAUGUUUCAGGUCUAAUGAGGAUAAGACAAGGAGCGAAUCAGUACCUGACCUAAAAUCUCCCGUCGGAAUUGAUGAUUAUAAUCGUACUAUGGUCCUGCAAGUAGACAGGACUGACUUGAGACUGAUCAGCCCUGAUAGGAAAGUCAUCCUGCUUCAUAAACACCACAAAGAUGUCACCACGUGUGUUCAAGGUCAAACUAGCUCCAAAUAUUUCGGAUUUAUAUGUAAAGAAGGAAAUACAGAAACUUACGUAGGAUAUAUUUUCAAAUGUGAAUCGGCUUCCAUAGCAAGUGAUACCGUAGCAGCUAUCACUCAAGCAUUCUUAAGUGCGGAAGCAAGGACCAAACAGGUUGUCACAUCAUGUGAACACUGUCCUAUGGUGUGGUUUCAUAAACUUUGUGUGGAAAUAGAACAAAUGUCAGACAGAAAAACUCAGGCAGCUAUAUUAAGAAGGUUAGAGCAACUGGACGAAGAAGAACAAAAUACAAUAUUAACUAAAUUUAGAGGAGCUGAAACAGAUUCAGUUAGGGAACAGAAUGAAUUUCUGAUGAUGCUCCUUAGAGCCCAUUGUGAAAUGAAACAGGGCAGGCAUGUUCAUGACACAGCUGAAAAUAGGUCUGAAUUCUUGAGUCACCAUCUAGGAAGCAACACAAUAUUCACUAAAGCCAAAAGAUCCUUAACCAAUUCAUUUGAUCAACUAUUAAAAAGAAAACUGUCCAGAGAUGAUUUUGGACCAUCUUUGAGGAAUUUGAACUUGCCUAUCACCAAUAGCUUAAAUAGGGAACAUUCUCCAUCUCCUGGUGCAUCAGCAGACCAAAACGAAAGAGAUUCGGAUAGUCCUAGAUCUGGGUCUCCCACAAAAGGGUCACAAAAUGACCUCAAUCAUUUACAAGUGAGAGAUAACCAAAAAGAAACUGCAUCACCUGAACGAAGUUCGGGGUCUGAUAAAGCUCUUAAAUCGCCAAUGAUGGAUAUAUUUCUGAAAGUUGGUAACAGCCCGAAAUCCGCGACCUCUGAAGAUAGCUCGCCCAACAGAUUGGACGCCGGGUCAUGGAGACAAGCCAUUUUCAAAAGGGUUGUCACACCAAGCAAAGUUGAAAAACCCAAUCAGCCAGCCAGAAAGCGGUCAAAAGAGGAAUUGAAGAUACUUUGGAAGAAGUCUAUCUACCAAACUAUUUUGCUCGUAAGAAUGGAGAAGGAGAAUGCUCGGCUGAAAGCAAAACAAGAAGAAUCUGCAGUAAAACGUAUCAAACUAGAAUAUGACGAGAUGAAACCAACCAACAGGGAGGGGCAAACAUUCGACGUUUGGGACAUGCUGACAUCUAAAGAGGGCACUCGUGUUAAGUGUGACCAACAAAAACUCUUGCACGCUAUCAGACAGGGUGUGCCUCGAGGAAAAAGAGGAGAAGUAUGGAUGUUCUUAGCCGAACAGUUCUGCGCUAGAGUAGCGCCUAUGGACACCUCCAAGUUCCCGUAUUAUAAUGUGUCGUAUGAUACUCUUUUGAAGCAGCUGACGUCUCAUCAUCAUGCACACGCUAUACUCAUUGAUUUGGGAAGGACAUUUCCUAACCAUUCGUACUUCAGUAGUCCCUUAGGGCCCGGUCAGUUGGCUCUCUUCAAUCUGUUGAAGGCUUAUUCCCUUUUGGACCCUGAGGUAGGAUAUUGCCAGGGUCUGAGUUUUGUAGCAGGAGUUCUACUUUUACACAUGGAAGAGCAUCAAGCAUUCUUUUUGUUGCGACACCUGAUGUUCAGAAGGGGGAUACGACAACAGUAUCUUCCAGACAUGGCCAUUCUGCAGGUGAAACUGUACCAACUGUCCAGAUUGCUACAUGACCAAUUGCCUGAUCUGUAUAAUCACUUUGACUUGUACGAAGUUUCGCCUACAUUGUACGCAGCUCCAUGGAUAUUGACUGUCUUUGCGUCGCAGUUUCCGUUAGGAUUCGUUACUAGAGUUUUUGAUUUGAUAUUCUUGGAAGGGUCUGAUGUUGUCUUCAGGGUUGCUCUAGCGUUAUUAACAUAUCAUAAGGAAAAGCUUAUGCAUUGUGACAGCUUCGAGGAGAUUAUGAACUAUCUCAAAGAACAGUUACCGAACAUUGAUAAGACUACUUUGGAGAAGAUUAUGAAACAGGUAUACAUCACGGACAUUGCCAAACAGUUGAACGAGUACAAGGUCGAGUACCAAGUCCUACAAGAAGAGAUGACUUCAGUACAGCCUCAGAUGGAAGCAUUGCAGAAACUUGAAGUUCAAAAUCGGACGUUGACAGAACAAAAUAAAUCUCUCUUAAAUCAGUUAGAAUCAUCUUUGACCAAUGUACAAAGACUCGAGAAGACAAGAGUGUUACAACAGUCGCAGCUGAACAGACUCGAGAUGCAAAAUAGAGCCUUAAAUGUCACUAUUGCUACUCUAGGCAACUUUAUGAACAGUUUGGUGGAACAGAAGUUAGAUAUUGAGAUUCCAGAUGACGUAAGGAGGAUAUUGUCGCAAAUAUCUCUGACAGAACGGAGACAGAGCGAGGUUAAGCUACAACAGAAUAAUCUGAUGAAAAUGUUUCAGAGGUCUGAUAAUAAUUCAGAUAAGAUAAUGGUCAAGUCAUUGAGUACAGGUAAAAUAGACUUACCAGAACGCAAGGAAUUCAGAGCGAACAGCUUAAAUUCACAAACCAUCAUGGAACCGACUUUGAAAACUCAACAGGACAAGUCUCCAACCUCAUCUACAGAGAGGAUAUCGAAAUUCUUUUCCACUUCUCAUAACACGAUACUUCAACAGAGGCACAAUUCUAUUUUCAACAACGCAAAAAUUGACAUUACAGUACACGAGGUUGAUAAUUUGAAGAACUCCGAAAAAUCUAAUAGUCUACCAUUGCCGGGUAAAAUUGAACCGAAGUUAGACAGUAAUAAAAUCUCACCAACGGAGUCGGUGGAUAGCGGUCUUAGUACCCCAAGCAGUCCACGUUCGACGGAACCUCAUCCGUUGAGUAACUGUGACGUCACCUUCACUUAUAACGGCACUAGAGAGCUGAAGAAUAUAAAAAACAUCAAGAAUAUGACCAGGAAUGCUAGUCAAGACAUCUCCACUAAGUGAUUUUGGCUUCUUGUUCAUUUUCAUUUGAAUGUGUGAUAUUAAUUUUUAGUUUCAUUUGUCUACUUGGUGAAUAUUUGGAACUGGUUGAUUUAAAAGUAAUUACAAAAGAAUGCAUGGAAGUAUGUUAGACAAGUGUCGAAUUAUGGGACCUAACACUAACAUGAACAAUUCUCAUUAGAUAUUAGUUCGACUUUUGUAGUUACAUUUUGGAGAUUUCAUUACAUUAUUACAGUGGCUAAGAUUAUACAUACGUAUUCCCCUAGAAUACGACAUAAUGCUAACAAUUCCAUACAUUUGAAAUAAGUAGCUGCUUUCGUUAAUAUGUAAUGUUAUAGAUAAUUUUAUAAUUAAUUUCCCUUAUACCGAAGCAGCCGCGCAGGCAGAAGCCUAAAUACCAGAGCACCGCGGCCGCUAUGAGGAGCUUAAAGAAACUUUGUUAAUUCAAUUUUUGAGCUGCCUAAGGUUAGUAGAACGUGGACAAGCUUCCUGAAAUAGAUUGUUCCACAAUAUCGAUAUCCUAGUGGCAAAGAAGCUGUGGAUCCGAUUUAUCGUACCGUAAAGUAAAUCAUUGAUAUGUAAGAGGUACAAUGUGGGAGCCAAGACCGAUCCCUGGGGAACACCCACGUGGACAUUGUGGGAUGAAGAGAAGAACCCGAAGGAUACCUUGCGUCAGCCCGACCUGCAAAGCUUCUCUGGGAGGCCAUAGGAUGGAAGUUUGCAUAAAAGGGCAGCUUGUCACAGGUGAUCGAACGCUUUCGUGAUAUCAGGAGCAAUACAUGUGCCUCAACAUAAGACUGGAUGAGUUUGCUACAAAGUUGCGUAACGUAAGCUAGGAGGUCCUCCGUGGAUCGCUGGUUCCGGAAACUAUACCGCCUGUAGCUAAUAAAGCCAUGACGUUCGAAGUACACGAGAAGCUUCCGAUUUAUGCACUACUCCAUCUCUUUAAAUUUAACAGAAUGCAGAGCUAUAGGCCUGUACUUUGAGAGUCGGUCUUAAGUCCUUCUUUUGGGAUGGGUUGGAUGUGAGCAAAGUUCCAGUUUUCUGGGAAGGGGUCGGAUUCGUAAGAUAUCUGGAAGAAACGCGAAAGAACUGGAGCAAGCUCCGCUGCAUAGCUCUUCAGUACAAUGGCAUGAAUCAAGUCCGGACCAGAGCUUUGUUAAUGUCGAGCGACAAGAUAACUCUUGUUACAGUCUUAUGUCUGAAGGUUACUUCCCGCAUAGUGUAGGGAACAAGGGAACCCUUUAAAUCGACGCCACUCUCGGGCGUUGGCGGCACAGCCAUGGUGCAGUUGGCAGCAAAUAUAUUGCAAAGCCUUUGAGUCGGUUACAAUCGUUCCAUCCUUACAAGGUAAGCGGUGGUGAUAGAAAUAGUGAACCUAAAAGACGGAUAAAGGAACAUCAUUAUGUUCUCUCUCAGCAGAUGGCGCAUCACUUGUAGCCACUUUUAAUAGUCUCGUAGUAAUUUUUAUAACAGUAGCAAGUUGACAAAUCAGUCUUUUAGGCAACUGCUGUGCUUAACGAAAUUCAAAUGUUCUAGGAAUAUGUGGAACCUGGGACUGCUACCCUUAUGUAUAGUCUAAGAUUCGAGUUAGAAGCGACCUUCACCAAUCUGUUUAAUGAAUGAGAAGUGUUUUAUAUUAAAUUUAGUAUGAUGCAAAAUAUAUCGCCAGUAGGUUGGCUAAAAAAUUCCUGGCGAGACUAUAAUUGAUUAAAAAUUGAAAAAUGACUAUUCAACAUAACAAUAAUAAGUUUAACGAAUAAAUUUAAUUCCAACCGAAAGAAUGACGCCUUUAGAAUAUGCAAACAUUGAGUUGUAUAUUUUUUUCCUGGCUUAACUACUGAGUUGGCAGGCAUAAACAGGUAUGUUGAUACUAGUAAUUUUCACCAACUUGUAUAGUAAAUCAAAAUAAGCACCUUUUCGAAGCGAACAUGACGAUAAGGGUUGUCUGCAAAAAAACUGGCUGAAAUGAUGGUUGGCAGGUAUUUAAAAGUGAAAUUUUGAGGCGAAUGGAAACUUGCGACAAAGACGUCGGAGCUAAGUAUCCCAUGCGAUACACUGAUACGGUCAACUGGCAGUAGGCUUGAAAAUGAUAAUAUAAUAAAUAAUGAAUCAAAUAUAUACCAGGUGUUUUAAAUUCCACUUCCACCAUUGUGUUGUCGAAAGCGGUAAACUCAUUAGCGCAAUAUUUAAUAAAGUCAUUUCUUCGUUCUUAAUAAUCAUAGUUAUGCCAGAAUUUUUUCAGCCAACCCACUCGCGAUAUAUUGUUUAGCAUACUAAUUUGAUAUAAAAUACUUUUCAUCCAUUAAACAGAUAAGUGAAAGUCAUUUCUAACAAGGAUCUUCUACUAGUAUUUUUUCAAGCCCUUCCAAUUAUUUGAAUACCUCAUAUACUCACCCUAGCUUUAGUUUCCAAAUGAAUCACUAUAUGGUUAAUAUUUGAGUUACGAAAACUGAUAUUCUAAAAUAUGAAGUGGCUAACCGUUGUACUACUCACCCACAAAGCGAGGGAAUUACGAACGCUUUCAAAUUUUAUGCUCCGGAAACUACUUCAUUAAUGCGCCACUGGUUUUAAAGAAUCGAACUGAUAAGAAUCAUUUUCGAUUCUUGAAGUCGAGAGGAAGCUUUCAUAGCCACUUUCAGACGUAAAUGCUAUAUCAAUCAGCUUUUACCACCAAAACUGGGACUCUUCAAAUAUUCGGAAAAUGUGCGUCUUACUAUGGCAGUGUGUUUUGCAUUUCGUCAUAAUGGGUAGCGCAAGGAAUGAGGGCCUGGAAUGGUCGGACUAAUCGGAGCUUGUCAUUCUCAUAGACAAAACAAAUAUCGUCAAUAUUUUAGCGUAUGGUUGAAGCAGAACGUCUUUCAUCAAUCAGUGAAAAAAAUGGGAUAAUUUAUUGUUUAAACUAUACCACAUCUAUAGUUGUACCACUCAUGAAUGUAUUGAAGUUGUACUUAUUAUAUUAUUAUUUUUAUUAGUCAUAGUGUAAUUGAUGCUAGUUAAUAUCUUAUUUAUAUUAUGUUUUAUAUACAUUAUUGUGAUUUGUGACAUGAAAUAAAAUUAUCUGUUUCUUA